AUGGCUGUGAUGUUUGCUGGUUCUCGUUCCUCAUCUGAAACUACAAGAGGAGUUCUUUAUGAAUUUAAGGCUGGUAGGUCUUUUCUUGAACCUGGAAGCAGUGAUAAUACGAAAAAAGUUGUUGCUGAGAAGACAAAAGGUCUUAUUAUUAUCAAAAGAUCCUCUGAUCAAUUGACUCAUUUUUGUUGGAAGAAUCGUGAAUGCAAUACUGUUGUAGAUGAUUUCAUAAUAUUUCCAGGAGAUACAGAAUUUAAAGAAAUUGUUGAGUGCCCUGAUGGCCGUGUUUUUAUGUUGAAAUUUAAGUCUAACAAUGACAGAAGACUGUAUUGGCUUCAAGAAGCUGAUAAAUCUAAAGGUGAUGAAAUUGUCGAAAAGGUUAAGGAGUUACUUGAUAGUCCUCAACCCGAGCGUUCUGUUGGAGGAGGAAAGUCUGGUGGAGGGGGUCCACGUGAUUCUAGUUUAAAUAUUCGAAGUUUUGGUGAUUCAAAAGGUGAUGGUACUGAAUUACUAGGAGCUUUGGAUCAGAAUCAAUUAAUGCAACUUUUAACUUUAAUGAAUGGUGGAGCAACUGGUAAUGAUAGUGGUUCGAUUAACGGUAGCGGGUUAGAAGCAUUUGUUUCAACCGAUUCUGGAUCAUCACGUAAAAGUGGUUCUCAAACAAUUUCUUCGAAGAAUCAACCAGAUUUGUCCAAUGUAAUUACUUCAUCUAAUGUUAUUGAAACUGCAAAAGCAAAUGCUGAUAAAUUAACACCACUUCUACCUAAUGAACCACCUGUAAAACAAGAUAUUGAAGAGUUGAAAACCUCUUUAGCGUGCCCAUCUUUUAAAGAUGCUGUUGUAACAGUUGGACAUGCAAUUAAAACAGGACAAGCUGGACCAAUACUCGAACAGUUUGGCUUUUCAAAAGAGGGUAUUGAUGAGGCAAAUAAGGGAAAUCUUAUUGGUUUUGCUAAAUCACUAUCAAAAGAAUCUCCUGAUAGCAAAGUAAGUGAAAGUAAUGUAGACUCUACAAUUUCUGUUAGCGAAGAUUCAUCGAAAAAUGAAGAACAAGAAACAGUAAAAGAGCCAGAACCUAAAAAAAAUAAACCUGACAUUGAUAAUAUGGAUAUUGAUUAA